AUGUCAUCAGCAAGUUCCGACUUUCGAACAUGGGUAAGAGAAUUGCAGGAGGCGGGAGACAUUCAGCCGAUAGACACCUCUGUGGAUCCACACCUCGAGCUUGCCUCCGUCACUCGAAGAUGCUACGAGAAUUAUGAGCCCGCUCCACUCUUCAACAAUAUCGUCGGUCGGGAGGGCAAUGGUCUCUUCCGUGUCCUGGGUGCGCCGGUCGGGAUUGGACGUUCGGAAAUUCGCUACGGUCGCAUCGCGAAGAGUGUUGGACUUCCAUCAAAUGCUUCCGCUGAAAAUAUUGUCAAUCAUCUCGUAGAAGCGAGAGACAGACCACCAAUUCCACCAAUUCAGGAUGAUGAUGUCAACCUCGAGGCUCUUUCGGUGCCCCUGCACCACAUGCAGGACGGCGGCAAGUACAUACAGACUUUUGGAAUGUUUGUCGUUCAAAGUCCGGACGGCAACUGGACGAAUUGGUCUAUCACUCGGGGAAUGGUGUGCGGAAAGCGAAAGAUUGUAGCCCCUAUCAUGCCAAAGCAGGACAUUGAGACAAUAUUUCAGCUUUGGAAGGAUAUUAAUCAAGACAUGCCAUUCGCUUUGGCAUUUGGCGUGCCUCCAGCUGCGAUCAUGGUCAGUGGAAUGCCCAUUCCGAAAUGGACAGACGAAAGUGAAAACAUCGGCGCGGUCACUGGCAGGGGUGUCGAGGUCACCAAAUGCGAGACAUGUGACUUACUAGUGCCCACGUCGGCUGAGAUUGUUAUGGAGGGCACUGUAUCCAGGUUCGAGACUGCGGCUGAAGGGCCCAUGGGAGAAUACCACGGAAUGACGUUCCCAAGCCAAAGCCACCAACAGCCGGUUUUCAACGUGGACGCGAUCACAUAUCGGGACAACCCAAUUCUACCGCUCUGCAUAGCGGGUCGAGCGCCAGAGGAGAAUCACACCGUUUUUGGGUUGAUGCAAUCCGUUGAAUUGCUCGCGACAUUCGAUCACACUCGACUUGUGAGGAUGCGCACCUCUAUGAAGGCCUUCUGUGAGCUAGUUGGUCAUGCGGUAUUUCAAGACCCGAAGAUGGGCUGGUAUAUCCCGAAGCUGUACAUCGUUGGCGAAGAUGUUGACCCCUCAAAGCUAGAAGAUUUGUUCUGGGCCGACUCAACUCGAUGUGAGCCUGGAGCAUCUGAGUUUCUCUUUCACGGACUUUCGACUAUACCGAUGGUCCCUUAUAUCGCGCAAUGUGAUCGCAUUGGCAAAGGCGAGGCUGCCAAAGUCAUUCGAUGCUGCUUACUUCCUCAGAAGUUCACCGAAGAACAUUUGCCCUGGGUGGCGGCCUCGUUCGAAGGGUCGUUCCCUGAAGAAGUCAAAGACCGCGUGAACAAGCGAUGGAAAGAGUACGGGUUUCGGUAA